AUGAAGCAAUUCGAUGAUGAUUAUUACACUAUUGUGUUUACAUUACCAUUUAAACCCAACUCAUUCAUAGGUCGUCGGCUCUUUCAGUGUUUAAGGCAAUACAAGGACACCAAGGAAAAAACUUCUCUACUAAAUGCAUUGAAGUAUUCAACUGCUGUACCGGUGAUUUUUCUUUCCGCGUUGAAGUAUCAUGUGUUCCCUGAUAAUUGGAUUAACUUCUACCGGCCUCUCUGGUUACUCUCAAGUUUUUUGAAUUCUUUGUACUCGUUUUACUGGGAUAUCACUCGAGAUUGGGAUUUGAGCGGCUUUACUCGGAUCUUCAAGUUCACCAAACCGCAUCUCGUCUCACAAUUGAUUUACGGACAAAAUUGGGUAUACCUUUGGGUGAUAGGUAGCAAUCUGAUAUUAAGGUGCACUUGGACAUACAAGUUAUCAGCCCAUCUUCGCCAUAAUUACUUGACGGUUUUUGCAAUUACGGCAUUGGAGAUUUUCCGCAGAUUCCAAUGGGCUUUUUUCCGGGUCGAAAACGAGUGGAACAAAAUGAACUCUAAACAAAAUGUUCAGAUGCAAGACAUAUCAGGUGAAGAAGAAAAACUACUCAACUUGAACAAUCACAAUGUAUAGACAUAUAUUUGACCCACCAUAUCAUAUUUGACCUACGGACUUUAUUCGGUCGGAUUGAGUUCUUGUUUCUUAUUUUUUCAAUAUUUGGUAAAACUUGGUUUUUGUAUCUUUGAUCUUGGAGAAAUGGUAACUAGGCUUAGUCAA